AUGGAAGCACACUACAAUGCUGUCCCGGGCGACAUAGAACAUCUCGACGAUGACUUCCAGAAUAUGGUGGAUCUCUCCACUAGGAUUCCUCAAAUCCUUGCUGAAUCGAAUUUUUCUAACGUCCCCAAUAGCAACUCUAAACAUGACCAGCGAGACAAUGAGAACUUCUACCUGUUCAGCCAUCAGCCCCCUUCUUCUCCGACUUCCGAACGAGACCCUUCCUCAAUCCACGAUGUGUUCUCUAACGCAAUUCAGGGAGAUCCAUUCCUCGGAAAUAAGGACAAUACGGAGGCAGAGGAAGAGGAAGAGGAAGAGGAAGAGGCAGAGGAAGAGGCAGAGGCAGAGGAAGAGGCAGAGGAAGUGGAAGAGGAAGUGGAAGAUCAAGAUGAAGAGCCGGAGCCGGAGCCAGAACCCGUUCCUCCGCCACCACGACUAUUUCAACGUCACCGGCCAUUUCGAUUCCACGAACAAGUCUUUAAUAUACUUAUGGAACCUUAUCCCCAUCGACCUCCAAGACACUUGUCCCGGGAGGAAAGGUUAUCAAGGAAGAGAAAGAGAGGGAAAGUAUGUGGAAGCUGCCGUGCUAGGAAACAAAGAUGUUCCCAUGUUGACCUGGGAUGCCCUUGGGCAGCCGAACGAACCUUUAUGGGUCUCAUACUAUGGCUGCUUUAUUAUUUCUGGUAUUGAUGAAAUCGCCGACACUUCUAAGGAAACGUACCUCGAUACUACACCAGAGCCGCGGUUAGAAGCGCCGCGACGGAUUAUAACCAUAUCAAGGGGUACAUUGUGGCGACCAAGCCUUCCAGUGUUCGUUUCUUACGGACGUGGCUCGGCAUGGCAAAUAAUGAAGUUCCACAGCCAUCGGUUGGGACCCGUUGAGCUGUGGUCGCCGCAGAGGCCCUAAUGUAAAUUGACACAGCAGCUCAGGAAUCGACUCGACCCGCGGAAGUUGCAAAUGGCUAAUGGGAGGAUAUGGUAAUACAACAGCUGGAAUUUGAGGGAUAAUGGCUCCCGCCACUGUUUGGUUCUAGGUUACCUGGCUCUGAUAGCUGGCGAACUAAAGGAGGUUGACUAUGGUAUAUAACUGGAGGUGUGUAUGUUACUUAUCUUUUGCAUUAACUUCGCAUUGCUAUUCUUUCUCCCUUAAUAUUGGUUUUCCUACCGGGUUUUCCUAAUAUUAUUUUGCGAAUGCAGAGGGAACUAUAUCUUAUUGCUUUAAAGGGGG